GGCACAGCUGCUGCGGUGCUGCAGCAGCCCCAGCACCGGGAUUCCUCUCCGAAAUUCACCAGAAGCUCCCAAUGGGAAUGCCGGGUUAUGUCAGGUUGGAUGAAGAGUCAGAACUUCUUCCAGGUGUCCCUUUAAAACAUUUCUUAUUUCUCCACUUGCUUCUCCUGAUGGAAGACCGGCUGGGGUUCCUUUUCUGUUGUUCAUGCUGAGCAGUUGCUUGGAGAGGUGGUGCGUGAGUGGAGAUACACCUGGUGAUGAUUCAAAUGUGGGAGUUGCCCCGGCUGUGGCUGCUGCUGAUGCUCCCCUGGGAACAUGCCUUGAUAGGGAAUUAACACCAGUUAGUGAUGGGCUGUGGGACAAGCAAAGUACUUCCCGAGCCCCCCAAAGAUGUGCAGCUAGACCUGGUUAAAAAAGUCGAACCUUACACAGGCCACAGUGACAUCUACAAGCAUUUCAUCAAAGAUGACUGCGGGGCUGUCAUCAAAGCUGGCUCUCCCUCCCCUCCGCAUCACACCAACCCCUAUCCCGGGAACCCCCUGCCCGCACACCAGCCCGAGCCCCGCAAGAACAAAGUGGCCAAAUACCGCGCCAAGUUCGACCCCCGAGUGACGGCCAAGUACGACAUUAAAGCGCUGAUCGGGAGGGGCAGCUUCAGCCGCGUGGUGCGGGUGGAGCACAAGGCCACCAAGCAGCCCUACGCCAUCAAGAUGAUCGAGACCAAGUACCGGGAGGGGCGGGAGGUGUGCGAGUCGGAGCUGAGCGUCCUGCGGCGCGUCCGCCACACCAACAUCAUCCAGCUGAUCGAGGUGUUCGAGACCCAGGACCGCGUGUACAUGGUCAUGGAGCUGGCCACCGGCGGGGAGCUCUUCGACCGCAUCAUCGCCAAAGGCUCCUUCACCGAGAGGGACGCCACGCGGGUGCUGCAGAUGGUGCUGGACGGGGUGAGGUACCUGCACACGCUGGGGAUCACCCACCGGGACUUGAAGCCGGAGAACCUUCUCUACUACCACCCGGGAACGGAUUCCAAGAUCAUGAUCACGGACUUCGGGCUGGCGAGCGCGCGGAAGAAGGGAGACGACUGCCUGAUGAAAACCACGUGUGGGACCCCGGAGUACAUCGCUCCCGAGAUCCUGGUCAGGAAGCCCUACACGAACUCCGUGGACAUGUGGGCGCUGGGGGUGAUCUCGUACAUUCUUCUCAGCGGCACGAUGCCCUUUGAGGAUGACAACCGCACGCGCCUGUACCGGCAGAUCCUGAAGGGAAAGUACAGCUACUCGGGCGAGCCCUGGCCCAGUGUGUCCAACCUGGCCAAGGAUUUCAUCGACCGUCUGCUCACGGUGGACCCCAGUGACAGGAUGACGGCCCUUCAGGCCCUGAAGCACCCGUGGGUGGUCAGCAUGGCCGCCUCCUCCUCCAUGAAGAACCUGCACCGUUCCAUCUCGCAAAACCUUCUGAAGAGGGCGUCCUCCCGCUGCCAGAGCACCAAGUCAGCGCAGUCCACCCGCUCCAGCCGCUCCACCAAAUCCAACAAGUCGCGGCGCGUGCGGGAGCGGGAGCUGCGGGAGCUCAACCUGCGCUACCAGCAGCAGUACACGGGCUGAGCGCCUGCCGGGCGCCCUGCCAGAGGUCUCCUCUGUGCUGCAGGUGUGCACACACUCAGCGAGGAACAGCCAGGUUCCUCCCUCCCUCCCUCCAGGCGUUCCCCCCAUCCAUGAGGAGGUGUCCCCCUCACCCCAUGCGGAGGAGAGGGAACCUUGUGGUGGCCGUCACACCCUGCGAGCCGUGCCACGGGGUCUCGCGCCAGAAACGGGGGAGUCCUUGUGGGCUCAGAGCCUCAAGGAGUGCACGAAUUAAGGAGCCACGUGGGGAGAAGAGCUCUUUCUGUAGCCCAGGAGCUUGGUUGUUCAUAGUUAUUUAUUAAUUGCAGAGCGUUUAGUUUCUCACGUUUGUGUAUGGAAAAAAGAAGAAAUCGCUUAGUGUGUCUGUGCAUGCACACCCAUGUGUGCACAUACACGUGUGGGGGUGUAUAUGUAUUUAAAAAUUAUGUAUACACAGAUUUUGAGCUGGUUUAGUCAGACUCCGUGGUGGCUUUGCAGUGAAACUGGAAUGAGUCAUGUGCAGUUAGAAGUGGGAUAGCUCUGACUCACUGGUGUGCUGCCCACCAGCUCCUCACCAAAGAGAUGCCAGACAGCAGUUUUCCACCAGGGCUGGGAAGCUGCGAGGUUUCCCCCAAGGGCUGCCAUCCUCCUGAUGACGUCAAGGCUCACUUGCCUGACAUCAAAGGUUUAUCCCUGGAAUUGUCCUUUCCCUGUUUGCAGCAAGACCAGUGCCUGUCGUGCAGGGUUUGUUUUUCUUGUGGCUCUGUUGUGUCUCUGACACGUAACACACCUUGCACCCUUCAGAAGAAGAUUGAGAAGGUUGAGGUUUUUUGUGCUAAGGGGGAAAAAAGAGGGAGGAAGUUUUAGGGAUGUGCUUCCCACCCCAGAGCUGGGAUGGGCUAUAACCACUGUAAGCACAGUGUUACUGACCACGUCACUGCACCAGACUUUGGUGGUUCCAGGCCAAAGAUUUGACAGGGCUCCCCUGCUUUGUGUGCCUGUGCUGCCCCAGCACUGCCAUCCCUGCUUUGGGACAGUGGUGUGGGAGCUGUUGGGGUGGCCAGUAGUGGUUCCAUAGCAUCAGGGUGAGCGCUUGAGUAGUGGAAGCCUGGUCUAGGAGUGUCAGCAGGGAGAAUACCCUGGAGACAUUGUACAAAUCCCCUAGAGCUGUGAGGGGUGACUUAAGUUCACCAGGAAAAAGCUGCUUUUCAGGUGUCCUUGUGCCACGUAGCUGAUGAGGUGGCCUCUUAUGAAGGACUCUCAGGGGAGGUGGGGGCUGCAGAGCUGAGCUUUGUGCAAGCCUGCUGAGAUAUCUUCCCAACUAGUUAGAGCAGUAAAGUGGGGCUGAUGGCAGAGGCACAGGAUGGAUUUGGCUUCUCAUGGUAGCAGAGACAAGAUCAGCAGCGAAGGAAAAUGCUGGUGCUCGAAACUUUUCUUACGAAGCCACACAAUUCACUUUGUGCUGUGCACUUGGGAAGGGCUUGCUUGGCUCUGGGCUGGAGGUGCAGGCAGUCCAAGCUCAAGGGCUGGUGAGCUUGGCCUUUUCCUAGGAUUGAUGCCUGUGCUACUGUGUUUCAGUGUCAGCAGGGCUGAACUGGUCAGUCACAUCUCCAAGGAGCUCUCACAGUCACUCCUAGUCAGCAAACAGCAAAGCUGCUUUAGUGGGAGAAGAUUUGAGUUUUCUGUGCUGAGGCAAAAAAUGAAAGGGGGAUUUCUGGGGGUGUGCUUCCGGCCCCAAAGGUGGGAUGGGCUGUAAAUAGCCUGGUGUGCUCAAGCAUGUGGUGGGGAAUGCAACAGAAGAAACUUGAGGACAGCCACUAUGUGUAGCAGGAGUGAAUUUGAAAUCCUUUGCGUGGUUUUGCCUGUUAUUUUGAAAACCUCACAUCCUCUGCAGGCUGCCCUUUCUCUGAGCAACCUGUCCUACCAUGUCGCACACAGUCUUUCUUCCAUCAGCAUUAACAGGUACUGCAGAAUUCUGCAAAUUUUGGGUUUCUUUCAACUCUGUGGUCUGCAAACAAAAAUGUUUUCAGCAUCUUUUACCUCUUCACGUUGUUUUUCCCUAGUUUGUUACCAUGAGCUAUAAACUAGAUGUGAUUUCUGACAAAGCAGGCAGCUUGCUACAUUGUGCUUCAUAAACAGUUUGGUGUCCCUCGUGGUACUGCAAACAGGUCUCCAAAAGCAGGAGCCCCUCUAAGGCCACUAUCAGCUGGACCCUGGGGGCUCUGCAGGUCAGGUGGUGGCAGGAGGCUCCCUCGGAGCUCUUCUGGUUCUGAGCCAUUACUUGAAGAGGCUUUGGUGUGUUUGGAGCUCACUUGAAGCACUGUGAUUGCUUUUACCUCCCCAGAUUAUCCUGCAUGUUUAUCCAUAAAACAGGGAUUUUGCCUGUGUGAGGGUGUCAACCUGAUGAACUGAGCCAAGACUUGUAGAACUGAGACCCUUCCCCUUAACCACUAGAUCAUCAAAAUGCACAGAUGCCUGCCCAUGCUGUUCCUUUAUCCUUCUCUUAUGGGAUGAGGAAUACAUAAAGCUCUGGGGUAACCAGGCUUGUUUCUCCACCUUCACAAAGCAGAACAAGAAUCUUCUCAUCUGUGACAAUUUUUGCUUUGUUGAUCUUUUCCACAACUGUUUUUUCACCAGGAGGAGUUUGGAGCGAUCGUUUGUGGUUACUUUGGGCUGGAAUAUGUUUUGGGAAGCAGGAGGUUGCUGUGUAGGUUUCUGACAGUGUCAGGUUUUGGUGGUGAUGCUCUGUGACUAGGGGAGAAUUGGCAGAAGGGAGGAUCCUCAUGUACAUGAGAAUACUGGAUAGCUGCAGCUGCCUCUCCGUAUUGAGGUGUCUCCGGUCCUCGGGCACUCCACUGCUUGGGACUUGUGGGAAGAGGACCAAGGCCAUCCCAUAAAGAGCUUUGACUUUUCUAAAAAAAGAACUCUAAUUCUUUUCACAAAUGCAACGUUUUCUUGUUUGCAUGGAAAAAAACAGUGUAAACUUGGGAAAAUCUUUACAGGCUUUCCUUCCAUCAUUCAGUUUUAACACUCUUGGCUCGCUCCCUCUUCUUUUCCUAAAUCCAGUAUUUGUAGGAACUUUGUAGCCAGACGUGUGGGCUGAGGGAAGAUGAACAGACCUCUGUCCAAGUGACCCUGGAGUCCUCAGUGAUCUUUCACUCAGUCUGGAAAACUGUGAUGGUCCAAAUGCCACGUUGGAAGUUCCAGCUUAAGAACAAUUCCUCAGGUGCUUUUAUUCUUGCAAGAGGGACAGGUUUCCAGUUUGGGUCUGGUGUGGGGGUUGGGGACAGGCAAAGUGCUGUAAUUCUGAGCCAUAGUCCAGGUGCCUUCAAUCUGUCCUCUAAGAAGCUCUUCACUGUGAAUUACAUUGAUCAUCUGUCUUCAUCCCACAGGAGCAGCUCAGUACUCAGUUGGUCUUAAGUCUCAGGAGUUUACACUUUUCAGGAGUGCCUUUUUUUGGGGAUUUUAGAAACUAAAAUCUCUCUGAAAUUUUUUUUUUCUGCUCUUUCAUUUAAUUUUUUUGAUGUGCUUUUACUCUUAAUGGUGGUUCUUAAUUUGGCCUGCAGAGUGUUUUUUGGAAACCUUCCUCUGGUCCUGAAUGUGCAGGGAGGACAGAGGUAACACCUGCCUGUUCCAGACCACCAUGCCAUGCAGUCUCUGUAUUAGCUGGGGUGCAGAUCUGAGUUUUCUUCUGCUUUGCCUGCUUUGGUUCACGCAGGGGAAGUGGAGUUGGAAUGACACCUAGUGGCAAAUUGUGGUGUGUCCUUGUCCAAGCACAGCCCUCUCCUCGCUGUUUCUGGGUGAGAUGCUCUUUGAGGAGUAAAGGGAAUUUAGAAUGUCUUUUGGAACUUAGCAGUACUGUGCAAAACAAUCCCAUCCUUUUGUCCUGGGAGUUCGGCUACUCUCUUGGGGGAGAGAAUUACAGCUUCAAAGAAUGUGGCCUCUUGGUUCCUUGAUUUUUAUUAUUUUUGUUGUUGGUUAUUGGAAAAGAAUGCAAAAAAGUCUUCCAGAAAUUGCAUUAAGAGGUCUAAAGAUUCGCAUCCAAGUUCUUGAGUACGUAGUGUAUUUUCCAUAAGCAGUUACCAUGUUUAAUUUACUUCUCACUCAGGCUUCUAAAAAUCUUAACACGUCAACCCAGUGGGGGUAGAAACCACCCUUCCUUUGAUUCUGAAGAGGUUUAACACUGCAGUUGUGAUAGCAUCCAGAUGCUCCUGCUCUGUGUUGUUCUUGGAAGCACACAGCUGUACGUGAAGGAAAGCUUGAGAGCCUUGUCAGGAGCUCAAGCCCAGACGAGAGGGCUCAGACCUGCCUGCUUUGGUAGUGAUGUGGAAACCAGCUGCAGUGUAGGGCCUGCUUCACGUGUUUGUUCUGGACAUGAUAAACCCUCACACUCUUUGGAAUCUGGGCACUUUCCUCUUUUAGGCCAGAUAUUUUCUGUUCUGGUAAUUUACACCAUUUCUGAGGCCCUGCUCCGUUUCUCAGUCCUGUUGUCUACCCGGGUGUUUGGCUGCAGUACUAAGAGAGCCAACUUUUAUCUGAUGCACAAACUGGAAUAGGAAUGAUGGUUCACUUGGCUGCUGGGCAGCAGCUCUGGGUUUGGCUCUGCAGGAGCUGUGGCAAGUCCUAGGGCAAGGUAAAAGCUUAUGUAUAGUGCCUUUGAGAACCUGCAGUGCAGGCUCAGCUCAGUCUUGUACCACAUAGGGCAGCUACUGUGUGGCUGUUACAGGCUUCUAAUUAGGCUGUGUGGGGCCAUGUUAUUUUAAAUAAUGAUACUGAAGAUUUGGGGGGGGUUGAGGUGGGAUAAAUUAAAAUCUCAGUUCUUUCACUUAAUUUAGUUUUCUAAAUGAUGGAAAGCAACACAGACAUUGGCUUCUUUGGCACCAUUGUGAGCCCUAGAAUUUGCAGGAAGGGUGGUUGUGUCCAGGCCUCUCAACCACUCAGCUUUCUCCCAGAAAGUGUCACUGUACCACUCAGUGCAUGUACCCAGCCCCAAGUUGCCUUCACCACUCUUGGGAGGGUUUUGGUGCUUUUUUUGACCACUCAGUCUCCUCUUUCACCCUGGAUUAAGAGUGCAGCACUCCAAGUCAAGUGCCUGCAUGUCAGCUGUGCCUUACUGUGCAGAAAACUUCCCAAAGAAAUAAAUGUGAACACCAGGGAUGUGCGGUGGUAAGCGGCAUCGUGGAGCUCAGUGCCUUCCGCCCUCGGGGUGCCGAGGGCAUUGGGAGCUCUGCCUGGUGACAAUUGUCCCUUCUCCCCCUGUCCCCUGCCUGGUGAUGCUGUCAGUCCCUCGUGUGUGACGGGCAAGCUCUGGCUGCUGUUGCAGAGGCCGUUGCACUGUUUGUCUGCUGAGCGUGGAAGCGAUGUGUGGAGCAGAUCCGCGGCCCCGGCGAGGUGUGAUACAAACCAGCAGCUCCUGCAUGAACACCCAGAUGAGUUUUCCUGUUGCCUUUCACUACGGAAGGACACCUCCCGGGAAGCUCUUGGGAUCGGAGAUCUUCCGGCACUCGAUGUUAUUUUUGGUUGCCCAGUUUCCGGUGCUGGGUUGGAACAGUUUGGAGGUGAUUCCGGUCUCAUCCUGUCGGUCUCCUCAUGGGACUGUCUUGAGAAGUGUCCCAUUCUGUGCCUUGCCUUUCGAGUCCUGGCUCUACUCUAAGGUCCUGUCAGAUGAGGUCAGACCCAUUGUAAUUAGUCUGUAAUGUUCAAGUUAGAGUGUACAGAAUUAUUUAUUUGGUGUACUCGGUCUGCUAAAACAUGUCCAUGUAUUCUGUGUACCCCAUGGCUCUGCUGUCCUUACUUGUGCCUGGUGGAUCACCCACGGG